AAAAUAAAACUCCCCAAGAAAACAGCCAGACGGUACCCAGCAUAUGAGCUCUAUCUCUAUGGGGAAGGGAGCUAUGCUGAAGAAAACAAAAAUCUCCUACUGACAGGCAUUCCAGUUCUCUUUCUUCCUGGGAAUGCUGGCAGUUACAAGCAAGUACGUUCUCUUGGCUCCAUUGCACUCAGAAAAGCAGAAGAUGUUGACUUCAAGUAUCAUUUUAAUUUCUUCACUGUCAACUUUAAUGAGGAGCUGGUUGCAUUGUAUGGUGGUAGUCUGCAGCGUCAGACCAAGUUUGUGCAUGAGUGCAUAAAAGUGAUUCUGAAGUUGUACAGGGAUCGAGAAUUUGCACCCACCAGUGUUGCAAUAGUAGGUCAUUCUAUGGGUGGUCUUGUUGCAAGAGCCUUGCUCACACUGAAGAAUUUUAAGCCUGAACUGAUAAACCUCCUCAUUACACAAGCCACACCUCACGUUGCACCUGUAAUGCCUUUAGACAAAUACCUUACUGAUUUUUAUACAGCUGUAAACAGUCAUUGGAUUCUAAAGGCCCAGGAUUUAAGGAAUUUAACCACCCUUUCUGUGGCUGGAGGAUUCAGAGAUUACCAAGUGCGGUCAGGACUGGCCUUUCUACCAGGACUGAGUCAACAUGACAGUGCCUUAUCUGUUGUGAGCUCAGCUGUGCCUAGAGCUUGGGCCUCAACUGACCAUCUCUCCAUAGUGUGGUGCAAAGAACUGAUCUUGGCUACCAUUAGAGCAUUUUUUGAUCUCAUAGAUGAAAAUACAAGGCAGAUAACUGAGGAUCCAAAGAAGAGAAUGUCUGUCCUGAACCACCACUUUGUGAGACACCCUGCAAAGAUAUUUGAGGAAAAUCCUGAAGCUCUUACAGAACUUGCAGGAGCUUUCAUGUGGAUUACAGUCAAAGCCUCAAAAUGGACUUACUCAGUUCACAAUGAUUCUGAUGGCAAAUACUUCACAUUUCCUCUUGCAAGCCACAGAAAAUCAUACAGUCAUGUUUACUGUGAAAAUAGUAUGUUGGACACAAGCAGCUGGAUUUAUGGCUGUAUGAACAGUAAUUCAUCAAUGUGCCUGGAAGCUACUGAUUUAUCCUGGAGAGCUGAGUUGCUUCCAACCGCCAAGGUCGUAAAACUGAAACUUCAGGACUAUGUUUCCUUGUCCCACAUUGUCAUUCAGGUGCCACCUGCAGUUGGCAAUAAGUAUACCUUGGGCUGUGAAUUCUUCAAAGAGGAUUCCAGGACAGUACAGCUUCCUGUAACACAUCUUUUGUCAUUUGGGCUUUCUUCAACCAAAGUUCUGUUAAAUUCAACUGGCUUACUUUACAAUGUGCAGCUCCAGCACUUCAACCAAAUAUAUCAAGCUUUCAAAAUUUAUAUAGAGAGCCACUGCCAGUCACUUAAAGAAAGAAAACCUAGUGUUUACAGACUUCACAUACCCUGGUCACAUGAAGACUCAAUAACUGUAGCAAAAGUUCCAUCUCUUACUGAGAUCUCUGCAAAGCUGCACAUUGCUCAGCCUCCAAAUGACAGCAGGGUUCCAGAGUUAAAUAUCCACUCUUCCUCAGACUGCCAGUACCAAGUAGUUCUGAAGACAUCACUUCCACAGGUUCUUGGGCAAAUCAUAAGGUUCCAUGCUGGUGCUUUUCCUGUCUAUAUUGUUUCUAAUAUUCUUCUUGCUUAUGGAGGACAGCUGAGGACAUUGAGAUCAACAGGCCAGUGUUCAGACUUUGCCCUUGAACUAGUUAGGACAGCUAAGCCCUACAAAGUAGAACCUCUUAUAAGCGUUGUUGUGUUUCUGCAGGGGUUUCACUGGUUUAGAGAGAUGUGGGAGUCACUGUCCCUGCCAGAGGUGGAUGCUGCUGUGCUGACUAGUCAGGAUGCAUGGUUCCCCCUUGUGUCCCUGAUUCUAUUUCUUUUUGGGACAGGCAUUGCUUACUGGAGUGCUGUAUUUUUCUCUACAUCUCUGAGACUCUUCUCUUCAUUAUGGUUAACCCUGAUUAGACCAACUGUGCUUCAGAAAGAUAAGCUGAUUACACCUAGAAGACUCUGUGGGGUGUUAUCUCUUGCUUUGGUUAGCUGGACCACUUGUGGUGCAUUUGCUGUAUUCAUUGUUUAUCUUCACUAUUUGGUUAAGGUACUGAACCUUUUAUCUGAAUGGAAAACUUUGGAUGCUUUGAAUUACCCCCAUGUUAAAAGCAAAACCAUUUUUCGUACAGAAAAGAAAUGUAAUUAUUCUCAUACCUGAAAUAGGUAUUUUUUCAAUUUGUCCAUUGCUGAAGCUGUUAACAGUCUGAAGAUGCAUGUUGCAAUCCUCAAUUUAUUCACAUGGAUUGUGCUGCUCAGCUUGCCAUCUCUAGUUUAUUGGUUAAAGAAUCUCAGGUACAAUUUUAGACUCGAUCCUGAUCCAUGUAGAUCCACAGCUGUUAUCAUCGUAUGCAUUUUAGAAAUUCUAAUGUAUUCAAGCACUUCUGAAGUGAAAUCAAGUAAACUCUUGAGGAUUGCAGCCAAAGUUCCACUCCCUCUGUCUGUUGCAAUGCUGGCCUUUGGACGAAUGCAUUUGUACAGAGUACCACACUUUGUGACCUUUUCUCUUCUCCUACACGUGCUGUGCUGUAUUGUGUAG